AUGACGACUACUGAGCCGGCAUCUCCCGAGUUCGCUUCGAGAUCUCUGCAGGCGUAUCACCUGGAGUGUGUGCGCGCUUCAGAUCCUGCGCAGGGACACUACCUGACAACCGAUAGAGUGUAUUGUGGGCCGCAAUUUGAGUUGGCUGGUGACCAUGGGCUUGUUUCCAAAAUCCCUUCAACAGGUUUACCGGAACACGAAGAGAGAUUCUCUAAGUCAGCGAGUUCUCAACAAUACGGGACGCACCUGGGCAGCUACGGGUCACUGAAGGCGACAGCGGGGGUCAGUCGAAAGCCUGAAAAGCUACCCAACAAUUUCAAAACAACGUAUGCUGAAACUUUCAGUGAGCUGAAUUCAGCCAAAAAUGCUGACAUGAACGGUCUGGCUCCACCAAACCAUCAUGAGUCUGUACUGAAGUUGUUCCAGAACCCCCCUAAUCAAGAGGGGAAAAAUCCAAUAAUCAAGAAAACUGACACUAUACAGCUUGCCGCUAGCAAAACCUUUAAGACUGUGUACAUGGAAAAGUUCUCCGAUAUCGCAUCAGAUGGGAAGCUGGGGUCGUCCACCGAGUUGACAGGGAGAGACAAAAGAAAAGAGAUUAGAACCGAAACGUUGUACGGCACAUCCGCCUGGGGCGUGAGCGAGCGACCUCCCCCUUAUAUUCCCGGUCCACAGUGGAGUUACUCUGAUCAAGAUACCCAUCCAUCCAUGGCCUAUCGAUCAACAUAUGAAACUUCAUAUCAGCACAGAACACGAACGCGCGACGUGGUUUCAAACGAUGUGGCUACUAACCAGCAUUUCACCGUAUUGGGGAUGGGUCAAAUCGCAACUGACCGUCGACACGACUCUUUUUCUGGUUAUCAUUUGCUUGACAAAAACGGCCAGGAAGGGGCUGAAGCCGUAGCUGAUACCAGUGCCGUAAACAUCGCUCUAACGAUGCCUCCAAAGAAACAAAACGCAACGGACUCAUUCGUCGAAGCUGUUCGUGGAAGUCCGCAGGACAGUCCUGUUCUUCGAGAGAAUCAGCAGGCUAGACGAAAUGCGGGGUUGGAUGCAUUUCAAGAGAGUGUCUACAAGUUUGAGCCGAACAAGGCUAGAAUCGAUCUUGGAGUUCCAUACUGCAAACCGUGGAAACCGCUGGAUCAGCUGUAUUUUACUGUGCCGUCCCAAGACUUCCCUGUCAGCCACAUCAAGCCAGUUGCACCUGCUGACCGUUUCACCCCAGUGUCGCCUACGGCACGGUUUGAUGGGAGGACGGCAGGGCUUCGACUGAAGGGUCAGGACCAAUGAUACACAUGCGCAGAUCAUGGCGUACCGGCGGGUCUGUUCCUCGCCGCUCAAGCGCACGUGCUACCACGAAAC